AUGGGCUUGAGAGCUUAUAUCGAAAAACCAAUCGCGUUCUCAGAUGCGAACUAUGCAGAAGGCUACAACGUUCCAAUCUCUCCAGUUCAUGCAUCAAGUCCGUCUUCACGGUACAUUCAAUUGCUGCUCACAGCUAAUGAAUCGUAUUCGUGCCUGCUGUCUCCGAAAGCAGGCACCAUUCUGCACCGCCUACCAGAGCGUUACAAACAACAAGCCCAGCACCAGGCUGGCCCCGUAAAUGAUCAAUCAAAGGAUAAACAUCGCGGGUCAAGCCCUAUCCAAAACGAUAACAACAUUGUGUACAUGACGCCCGUGAAGGUGGGUGGUCAAUCCCUCCAGCUUGUCAUAGACACAGGCUCUUCUGAUACCUGGCUCGUAAGCGACCCUUUCCAGUGCAAAAACGACGCGCAGAUGCCUGUCGAGGAGGAUCAUUGCAAAUUUGGCAACCGCUAUGAGCGCACGGCCACCUUCGAACAGGACAAGCAGUACACAUUUAGCAUUGCGUACGCAGACGGCGAGCGUCUCAAGGGGAUUAUCGGCCGCGAGACGGUGGCCAUAGGUGGGAUCACGAACAAGAACACGACGAUCGCGCUAGCCCACGAGGCAAAUUGGCAUGGUGACGGAGUUUCCUCCGGCUUGUUCGGCCUGGCGUUUCCGACCAUUACUCACGCGAUGAAGGGAGACCGUCCCACCAGGUAUGAUCCCGUCUUCUUCUCCAUGUACAAGAAAUCGCUCAUCGCACCCGUCUUCUCCGUCGCGUUGAACCGCAAGAACGAGGGACCCGGCGUGCUAUCUUUGGGCGGGCUGCCGUAUAAAAGGGCGGCUGCGCUCCGGUACGAGGAUGACUUCGCGGUGGUGCCCAUGGAGAAGAUCGGCAUGGCAGACAAAGCCACCGGGCAGAUGCAGUACACGCUGUACGUUGCGGACGCGGACGGGUUCGUGGUCGGAGAUGGCGUGUAUAACUUCCCAGCCAAGAUGCUUGUCGACACAGGUACGACCAUGUCCUCUGUUCCGCCCACCAUCAUGCGUGCCAUCGAGGCAGCCUGGUCCCCCCCAAUAUGGCCCCCAUGCACGGCCAAAGACAUCUGUAGAAUACCUUGCGACAGCGUGCCUCCUAAAUUCGCCAUCGUGCUCGGCGGGAAGCAGGUAGAAAUCGAUGCGAAGGAUAUGGUCCUUACCCACGACAAAGACCAAGGGGGAGGUCGGAUCUGUGCCUUGGGGGUAGCGCCAGAUGAGAGUUUAGCAUCCGGGGGGAACGGCUUGAGUAUGAUAGGGGGAUCUUUUAUGAAGAGCAUCCUUGUAGUGUUUGACGUAGGGGCGGCGGAGCUGAGAUUUGCAAAGCGGGUAAGGAACACGCGGAGAAACAAGAAAGAAAGGUCGAAAAAAAGGGCAGGCGAGUGCGUCUGAGCAUGGCGUGGGUAUUCUUUCU